AAUUGCGUAAAAUGUCGCACAAGAAAAGUGGCUUAUAUUUCAAAUAAAAUUUCGCGCUCCAAUGCUGAAACUAUCUAGCCUGAGUUAUUUAUAACUGACCGUAGAUUUUGGCGAGUUGUGCAACGGUGCUAGUUUAUCUAAAUCGUAUUCAAGAACAAUUACAAAAAUUUAAGUAAAAUGUAUUUUGUGUGGAAAUAUUUAAGUGAAUUUUUAGUGGUACAAUGAAUACGAAUGUUUAUAUCAACUAUUGUGAUCAAAAAAUUUAAAUCAUGAGUGAAAGAUUUCAGAUAUUCAAUUUAAACGAAAAACUCCGUCUUGUUCAAAACUAUUUCUUAAAAAUAAAGUUGUGUGUUCUCACAAAAAAAUUCAAAUUAACCCGCGAAUCUCAGUAUUAACUCCCGUUAAAAUGACCGAUAUGUAUUCAAAUAAUUCGGUACAAAUUUGUUUUCCAAAUGAAUCAAUUGUGUCGAAUGACGAAUUUUUUAUUUAUUUGUUAAAUUGUGAUAAAACUACGGAAGUAUUAAAAUUCAUUCUAUUUCUACAUGUUGUAACACCUUUGAUAAUAUUAUGGCUCUGUUUAAACCGCAAAGAAAAAUUUCGGAGAAGAAAAAUUAGUGAAGUAAAUGUUAAAUCAGAGACUAAUAUAAAAGUUAUUCUUCCGCGACAAGUUCUUUGGAAACCUUCAGGACGUUGUCAUUCAUUAUUUAUUAUGAAACUAUCGCCUUCUAAAGACACGAGUCUUCUAGAUUUAGAUGACAUACAAAAAAUUCGUUAUAUCGAAAAUCGAGAAAGUCAAGAGGAUGAAAAAGAUUACAAUACUGGUGGAUACAUGCCUAUUAGUAUUGGAGACAUUCUCAAAGGACAAUACAAAGUUUGUAGAAAACUUGGUUGGGGACAUUUUUCGACAGUUUGGUUGUGCCAGAAUUUAUCAAAUGAUGGGCCUAAUUACGUUGCCCUGAAAAUUUGCAAAAGCGCACAAAUGUUUACUGUAGUGGCUCAAGAUGAAAUAAAACUACUGAGAGAUACAAAAUUGAUCGACCCUUCACAUAUAGGCUAUAAACAUAUUGUCCAAAUGGUGGAUACGUUCAAAUUAUUGAGUGUUAAUGGAGUACACACUGCCAUUUCUAUGGAAAUUAUGGGGCCCUCAUUACUACAUCUAUUAAUACAAUCUGAUUUUAGAGGAAUUCACUUAAGUGGCGUUAAAAGAAUUAUUACACAGGUAUUAAAAGGCUUGACAUACCUUCACGAUGCUUGCCGGAUAAUUCAUACAGAUAUUAAGCCCGAAAAUAUACUGAUUAAAGUGGAUGAAAAUUAUAUAAAAAGUAUUAUAGGAAAAACAGAAAAAUUUUCCGAGCUUGGAAUUGAUAUGCCUCGAUCAUAUGUUGCUGCAGAUUGUUGGAUAGAUAGAGACAAAAGCUUGAAGGAUUCUGACGAAAAUAUCCUAUCUAAAUUUGAAGAGCAGAGAGGACAAUCGUACCCUUAUGAUAAAUUUUUAGGUGAGCUGCCAGAUUUUAGAAGAAGGCACGCCGAACCACGACUUAAUGCACCAAUGUGGGUCAGCCCAAACAUCGAAAUUAAAAUUGCUGAUUUGGGAAAUGCAUGUUGGGAGGAACAUCAUUUCUCCUCAGAGAUUCAGACACGUCAGUAUAGAGCUCUAGAAGUAAUACUUGGUGCCGGAUACAGUUUUCCAGCUGAUAUCUGGUCUGUGGGUUGUAUGGGAUUUGAAAUGGCUACUGGAGAAAUGCUAUUCAGCCCAAAAGGUGAUAGGGAGCCAUCAGCAAACUUAGAUCAUUUAUGUCUAAUUUGGGAAACUCUAGGUAGUAUACCACAGUAUAUAACUGAAAAUGGAACGCAUGCUCGUCAAUACUUUAUAAAUGGUCAGUUAUGUGGUGUAGAUAAGAAAUUGUUAAGAAUAUGGAAAAUUGAAGAUGUUCUGGUAGAAAAGUAUAAGUGGAAGAGAGUAGAUGCUAUUCCUUUUGCUGGAUUUUUGGAAAGUCUUAUAGAACCAGAUCCGGCGCUGCGUUUCACUGCAUCUACAGCUCUUAAAAGUGAAUGGAUCACAAUGGUUGAUUAAUCAUUUUCCAAAACAGUUCUUAACAUGAAUCUGUUCAAAGACUGAAGUUUUUAUGUUAUUAUUGUCUCUUAAUAUGUUCAGUACCUCCUCUAGGAUUUUAUAAUAAAGUUUUGAAAAGUUGUA